CCGCCUUUUCGACGCAGCCCACAGAUCGCUCCGCCGCCCAUCCCAUGGCGACGCCGGUCGACGGCGUCGUGCGGCUCGCCGCGGCCUCCCGCGUGCUGGUCCUCUCCCUCUCCCUCCUCGCCCGCCUCCUCUUCCGCCCCUACGACACCUCCGCCACGCUCCACCCGCCCUGUCUCUCCUCUUCCCCCUCCGCCCCCUCCUCCUCCCCGUCGACGAAUCUCUCCGCCGCCAUCUCGUCGCUGGCCGUCUGGGACGGCGUCCACUUCGCCCGCCCCGCCGAGUGCGGGUACGAGUACGAGCAAUCCUUCGCCUUCCUCCCGCUCCUCCCCGCCUCCAUCGCGCUCCUCGCCCGAUCCCUGUUCGCGCCGCUGGUGCCCGUGCUGGGGUACAGGGCCGUGCUCGUGCUAUCCGGCUAUGUCCUCAACAACGUCGCGUUCGUCGCCGCCGCAGCCUACUUCUACAGAUUGUCUAUGUUGAUCUUGAAGGACCGGAAAGCAGCUUACCGAGCAUCCGUUCUGUUUUGUUUCAACCCUGCUUCUGUGUUUUACUCGUCAUUGUAUUCAGAAAGUCUUUAUGCGCUGUUUUCUCUUGGAGGACUGUUCUACUUAUUUUCGGGUGCUAAUACUGUUGCAGUGAUAAUGCUCGCUCUCUCUGGUUCAGCUAGGUCAAAUGGAGCACUUAAUGCUGGUUAUUUCUGUUUUCAGGCCUUGCUACAAGCAUAUGAUGCUGCUGUUCAAAAGAAAAGGCCCUUGUUGGCUGUAUGGGCCCUUGUGGCUGCAGCUUUGCGCUCCAUUUUCAUAUUGCUACCAUUCUUUGCUUUUCAAGCAUAUGGAUAUCUGAACAUAUGUGUACACGGGAGCUAUGAGGAAUUGAGGCCAUGGUGCAAAGCGAAAGUUCCACUUUUGUAUGGCUUCAUUCAAAGCCAUUACUGGGGUGUUGGUUUCUUGAGAUACUUCCAAGUGAAGCAGCUGCCAAACUUUCUUUUGGCCUCACCAGUACUGUCGCUUGCAGUUUACUCAAUUAUCCAUUACACAAAAAUGCUUCACCAACUUUUCCGAACAACUAGCAUUCACAGGCAGAUUAUCACUGCUCUUGAGGAAAGGUCAGUUGAGUCAUGUAAAGGAUCAGAUGAUACGACAGUGUUGAGGAGUGAACAUUCUACUGGAUUCACUAACAAAGCACAUGGAAACUCUAAGGUUAAACAGAGAAAAUCAGUUGCCACCGGGACAGCUUCUGCAAUGUUCCAUGACACUAUGUUAGCUAAUAAAGAGAUUCAGGAUGAGGGCUCCAUAUUACUUCUUCCAUUCGUUCUGCAUCUGGCCUUCAUGACAUCCACCGCGUUCUUUGUUAUGCACGUCCAGGUGUCAACACGGUUUCUGUCUGCUAGUCCCCCUAUUUACUGGGCUGCUGCUCACAUUUUGGCUUCCCCAAACUGCUCCUCCAAAAGAUGGGGCUACUUGAUCUGUGUUUAUUUCAUUGCGUACAUUCUUCUAGGUAGUCUACUGUUCUCCAACUUCUACCCUUUCACGUAAGAUGGUUGACCCUGGUUGAGUUAUCCAACUGUGAACCACGCUGUCUGGCCAUUGUUUAUCGCCAUGGGAACUCAACUAGUUGGUAGGUGUUCCCCAGGUUCAGCAGAUACAUGUUGACUCGCUUGUUUGGAACUUGCUCAGCUGAUGUACUUUUUUCAUAUAUAUAAUCGAUCUGUCAGCCAAUGUAUCCUUCAUUCUA